ACUAAAAUGGGACGGAAGGAGUAUUAAAAAAGUUCAAAAAAUUACUGUAAAUUUCCAAAUUCUAGAAAAAAUCUUUUCGAAAUCCAUAUUAAAUGCACCGUUAAGAAUUAAAACCGACGUAAAUGCUGCUUGGCUUUUUCCCCUCAGGCCCUGGUAGACCGUUGUCUAUAUAUGUAGACUUGCAAUAGAAGGUGAGCAAACCUUCUUAUCUCCACCUCUUGAACGAUACUAAUCUCCAUCUCUUGAAAAACACACCAACAGAAAAACAAAUUAUGGAGCUAAAGAGUAGUAGCAGUUGCAUAGUUCUGUACCCAUCUCCAGGCAUUGGACACUUGGUAUCAAUGGUUGAGCUUGGAAAGCUAAUACUCAGUCAUCAUCCUGACUCAUUCUCCAAAAUCAUCAUUCUCAUCACAACUGCACCGCAUCUCGACACUGCUGCCACCGCUCCCUACAUGAGCGGUGUCUCCGCCACCACGCCUUCCAUCACCUUCCACCAGCUACCCACCCCUCCUCUCCCACCAAACUAUGCGCCUUCUGUUGUAGGCCUCGACUUUGAGCUCAUAGGCUUGAACAAUUCCAACGUUCACCAAGCCCUUGAAACAAUAUCCUCAACACAAUUCAAGAUCAAAGCCUUCAUUAUGGACUUCUUUUGUAAUGCUGCUUUUAAAGUUUCUUCAGAACUAAACAUACCCACUUAUUACUUCUUCACAACCGCGGCCUCUAAUCUCUCAGCUUUGCUCUAUUUCCCAACUUUACACCAAAAGGUAACCGUGAAUUUGAAAGACUAUAAUGAUUUUGUUUACUAUCCAGGUGUGCCGCCUAUCUUCUCCACCGAUAAUGCGAUAACUGUGCUUGACAGAAGUACUAUGGAGUACAAGUACUUCAUGGGCACAGCAACCCAAAUGGCUAAAGCUGAUGGAAUUAUUAUAAAUACAUUCCAGAGUUUGGAACCAAGAGCCAUAACAGCUAUUUCUGAUGGACUUUGCAUUCCAGAUGGCCCCACUCCUCCUAUCUAUUGUAUAGGACCAUUAAUUGCCGGAAAACAGGUUGCUAGUGAGGAGAACGAGUGCUUGGUAUGGCUCAAUUCUCAGCCUAGUAAAAGUGUAGUGUUUCUAUGUUUCGGAAGCUUGGGAGUCUUCGGAGAAGAGCAGCUCAAAGAGAUUGCUGAGGGGUUAGAAAAUAGCGAGCACAGAUUUUUGUGGGUAGUUAAGUAUCCACCACCCCUAAGGGCCAGCAAAGACAAAAGCAUGUUAGCACCACAAGAGCAUGAUCUAAGUACAGUGCUGCCACAAGGUUUCCUGGAGAGAACAAAAGGGAGGGGACUUGUUGUGAACUCCUGGGUCCCACAGGUUGCGGUGCUCAAUCAUGACUCAGUAGGUGGGUUUGUGACUCAUUGCGGAUGGAACUCAAUUUUGGAAGGUGUCUGUGCUGGGGUACCAAUGAUUGGCUGGCCUUUGUAUGCAGAGCAAAGGACCAACAGGGUGCUUAUGGUGGAAGAGCUAAGGGUGGGGCUGGGAUUGGUGGAGUCUGAUGGCGGAAGGUUUGUGAGUAGUGCCGAGUUAGAAAAGUGUGUUAAAGAGCUAAUGGACUCCGAUACUGGGAAGAAAUUGAGGCACCGAGUUCGGGAACUGAGAGAUGCUGCUAAGGUUGCAAUGAGCGAUGAGGAUGGAUCGUCACGCAUUGCAUUAGCCAAACUGAUCACCAAGUGGAAGGAGUAAUCAGGCCAGUAGAGUUGCUGCAUUUAAGAAAAAUGAACUGCUGAUUGAAUUUGACUCAAUUUAAAAAUAAGAUGAUUGCUGUUUUGAAUGAAUUUGAUAUUCAAAUAAUAUUUUUGGUUGUUAAUCCUUAU